UGUGGGGAGCAGGGGCUCGGAGCUGGGUAGGGCCCGUCCCGCCUGCAUGCGGCGGCGGCGGCGGCGGGGCGGCCGGGCGGCAUGAACGGCUCGGCGGCGGCGGCGGGCGGCGGCGGGACGGCGGCGGCGGGGCUGCUGGCGGGCACCGGGAGCGCGGCGCUGGAGCUGGAGCGGGCGCUGCGCUGCUGCACCGCCGCCUCCGUGGUGACCGACGGCGGCGGCGGGGCGGCGGCGGCGGCGGAGGAGCGGAGCCUGUACAUCAUGCGGGUGGUGCAGAUCGCCGUCAUGUGCGUCCUGGCCCUCACCGUCGUCUUCGGCAUCUUCUUCCUCGGCUGCAACCUCCUCAUCAAGUCCGAGGGGAUGAUCAACUUUCUGGUGAAGGACCGGCGGCCGUCCAAGGAGGUGGAGGCGGUGGUGGUGGGGCCCUACUGACCGCCCCGCCGCCCGCACCGCACCGCGCCGCGCCGCACCGCACCGCUCCGCCGCCCGCCCCGACGGCCCGGCGCCGGGGGGAGCCGAGCUGGGCCGGCCGCUCCCGGCCUGACUGCACAACGGCCAGCCCUCCUUCAGACUGACUGACUGGUUUUUUGGGCUCGGUUUUUUCUUGGUUUUUCUCCUUAAAAACAACAGCAAACCAUCCCGGAGGCCGGGGAGACGCGCGGGGGCGGCCGCCGGAGCCGCCCGACCCGACCCGACCCACCCGCGGGGUGCCGAAGUAAAACGUGCUCU